CCACCCCGCCCGCUCCCGACGUCACUUCCGCUCUGCCAUAGCAACCACGGAGCGGCCCGGCCAUGGCUGAAGUGGAGGAAACCCUGAAGAGGAUUCAGGCCCACAGAGGCGUUUUCGCUACUAUUGUCACAAACGCCGAAGGAAUUCCAAUAAGAACAACUCUUGAUAACUCUACAACAGUCCAGUAUGCAGCUCUGCUUCAGCAGCUCACCAAGAAAGCCAGGAGCACAGUGAGAGAUAUUGAUCCUCAGAAUGAUCUGACCUUUCUUAGGAUCAGAUCAAAGAAAUACGAAAUUAUGGUUGCUCCAGAUAAGGAAUAUCUCCUGAUCAUUAUGCAGAACCCAGACGAAUAGUCCUACUAUGGCAAUAUUUUUAGAGACAGUGAUGUAGUUCUACUUGUUAAACUAAUAUUACUUGUUGCUAUUUAAUAUUAAAUGUAGCAGUAAGUCAUUUUACAUAACAGUCAUGAUGGAAAUGUUGCCAAUUUAAGCUUCUCGCUUGUAGCUCUAUCAGUUUGUGUUUGAGCAAAUCAUAAUGCAUAUACCAAAAUAUUGUAAGUUUAUCUUGAUAUUUAGAAGAGCAGUAAUAAAGCAAAAUGCUUAAAACUCUC